GAUUAGUUACCAUUCGCCUUAGAUAAAUAAUAAUGACCAUUAACACAACCUUCAUCCUUUACCCCUUGUUUAAGCCAAGGCAUUGUGAAAGUUCCAUCCAUAAUUACACCUUGAACAGUGUCAGCUUGGCUUGCAUAGUCGCUUUCUUGAUGCUGAGCCAAGAACCCCUUGAACACCAUUAGUUUAAUCGAUUCAUUGAAUUAGCUUAGAACCUGGUUUAGUAAGCAACCUUGAGGGAAUAAUUAUUGUGAAGAAAAAAACAAUUGAGCACUAUGUGGGGCUGCUCCUGCACGUUAGUGAAAGAACAAUCUCUGUCAAUUUGGCAUAAAACCUUUUUCACUUUACCAUUCUGUGCCAUUAUGCUCUCUACAUUUUUUUUUCUUUCCCACCAACUACUUAACAAUUGAGAUGGGGUGUUCCAUCACUUCAAUAGGAUCUGUUCAUAGAUCAUUUUCUGCACAUCGUUCUCUUAUAGGAUGGGAUUGAAGCUGCAAACCUAUUAAAUAUAUAUAAAGGCACUGUAUGUGUAUUUUGCACACCUAAUCACAGGUAUGGAUUUUGAAGAUGGUGCUAAAAAGGAGCGUAAGGAAGUUGGUAUAAAAAAAUCAAAGGGUUUUCCUCUUGUUGGGACUAGUCUAGCUUCUAUGGAGUCCUUGUCCAUGCCAGAGGUUCAGGAGGUUGUUCUUUCUGCAGACAUGCAAUGUGAAAAGUGCCAGAAGAGAGUUACUGACAUUAUUGCUAAAAUGAAUGUAGAGACAGAAUCCGUGGUGGUUAAUGUUUUGGAAAAGAAAGUGACACUUACUUUCAGAUUACCAUCCAUUGGGAAAGUUACCACAAGGCAAAUUACUCCCAUAAACAGGAAUUCUCUCCCCAAAGUCGCAAUCAUCAAACGAAUAUUUCGCUCUUCUCGUGGUUGACCAGUGACUAAUUGUCACAUGUUCAUAGAAAUAUUUUGUAGAUUGAUUUGACAAUGUACAGAAGAAAAUUUGUGGGUUCAUGAUUGAAUUUGUUUGGUGAUUGCAUAAUGAAUUAUAUUUGCCACGGGAGAAAGAAAGAUUUUGUAUUCAUGACUGAAUCUGUUGUGCGAUUGCUUUAUGAAUUUGCAUCACUCAGACGUGGGCAUCCACGUAGUAGGACUUAUUGAA